AUGGAUCAUUUUGACGCUGCUUCUCAAGAUGACUUUACCUUUCUAGAGUAUGGUGCAGACACGCAAUCUUCUCAGUUUGAUUUCAAUAAUUUCACGCAAACGCAAACCAAACUGCACGAUCACGAUCCCGAUUUAUCGCUUGCUUCUCUUUCGUUGGAGCCGUCGCAGACGGAUGAAGCUCAGAAUGCCAAAACCAACGGAACGACUUCGUUUGUGAAUGAAUUUCAGUUUGAAGGCACCGAUGACUUUGACGCUUUUGAAGACAUGGCCGGUCCUCCCGAUGAACGAGAUUUGCCGAGUCACGCUUGCAAAUACUGUGGCAUUCACUCACCGGCUUCGGUUGUCAAGUGUGUCACCUGCAAUCGCUGGUUCUGCAAUGCUCGAGGAAAUACUUCUGGAUCCCACAUUGUCAAUCAUUUGGUUCGAGCCAAACAUAAAGAAGUCAUGCUGCAUCCCGAAUCGCCCCUGGGUGAAACUAUCUUGGAAUGCUACAACUGUGGUUGCCGCAACGUCUUUUUGCUUGGUUUUAUUCCCGCCAAAAGUGAUACCGUCGUUGUCUUGCUUUGUCGACAACCUUGUGCAGCUGUGCCUUCAUCCAAAGACAUGAAUUGGGAUACAUCGCAAUGGAUGCCCUUGAUCGAUGAUCGUUGUUUCCUCAGCUGGCUUAUCAAAAUCCCUGGAGAACAGGAACAGCUUCGUGCCCGACAAAUUACCUCGCAUCAAAUCAAUAAGCUCGAAGAGCUGUGGAAAGAUAACGGAGAAGCCACCUUGGAAGAUUUGGAAAAACCAGGUGUCGAUGAUGAACCUCAUCCUGUUUUGCUGAGAUAUGAGGACGCUUAUCAAUAUCAGAACAUUUUGGGUCCCUUGGUACAAAUGGAAGCGGACUAUGACAAGAAGUUGAAGGAAUCCCAGACUUGCGAUGAUAUUGUUGUACGCUGGGAUGUGGGUCUGAAUCAAAAAAAUGUGGCAUGGUUCUAUUUCCCGAAAUUGGAGAUGGGUGAAGUCAAGUUGGCCGUGGGUGACGAACUUCGCUUGAGAUACCGUGGUGAACUUCAUGAGCCUUGGGCUGGCGAAGGCCAUGUCAUCAAAAUCCCCAACAACGUGAGCGAUGAAGUGGCCUUGGAACUUCGACGUAGUGUGGCUCCUCCCGUUGAAUGCACGCAUAAUUUCUCUGUGGAUUUUGUUUGGAAAUCCACCAGUUUCGACCGUAUGCAAUUAGCCAUGAAAACAUUUGCUGUGGAUGAAACCAGUGUCAGUGGAUAUAUUUACCAUCGUUUGCUCGGUCACGAUGUCGAACCUCAAGUGCUCAAGACACAGAUGCCGAAGCGGUUCUCGGCGCCCAACUUGCCUGAACUAAAUCAUUCUCAAGUAUACGCGGUCAAAUCAGUUUUGCAGAAACCACUUAGUUUGAUUCAAGGUCCUCCCGGUACGGGUAAAACGGUGACUUCGGCUUCGAUUGUCUAUCAUUUGGCAAAAAUGAAUCCGGGCCAAGUUCUUGUAACCGCUCCCUCCAAUGUGGCGGUGGAUCAGCUUGCUAUGAAGAUUCAUCAAACCGGUCUCAAGGUGGUGCGUGUCACGGCCAAAUCGCGCGAAGCUUUAGAUUCCCCCGUUUCCUUCCUGACCCUCCAUGAACAAGUGCUCAACAACGAUACCAACGUGGAGUUCCAGAAACUCGUCCGCUUGAAACGCGAUCAAGGCGAAUUGAGCGCCUCCGAUGAACGAAAGUACGAGAAAUUGAAACGUGAAUCGGAACGAGAAAUUUUGUCGAAUGCGGAUGUCAUUUGUUGUACGUGUGUUGGUGCGGGUGAUCCUCGUGUGGCUGUGCUGAAUUUCCGUACGGUGCUGAUGGACGAGGCCACGCAAGCGUCUGAGCCGGAAUGUAUGAUUCCUCUGGUGCUCGGUUGUAAGCAAGCUGUUUUGGUCGGUGAUCAUCAGCAGUUGGGACCGGUGAUCAUGAACAAGAAAGCCGCUCGUGCGGGUCUGUGCCAAUCUUUGUUCGAACGUUUGGUGAUCCUGGGUAUUCGUCCCAUUCGUCUUCAGGUUCAGUAUCGUAUGCAUCCUUGCUUGUCGGAAUUCCCUAGCAACAUGUUCUACGAAGGCACACUUCAGAAUGGUAUCACGGCUCAAGAACGACUUCGCAAGAACAUCGAUUUCCCCUGGCCAGCUCCCGAAACUCCCAUGAUGUUCUACGUAAAUCUCGGCAACGAGGAAAUCUCCACCUCGGGUACUUCGUACCUCAACCGAACCGAAGCGUCCAACUGUGAAAAGAUCGUCACUCGAUUCAUGAAAGCCGGUGUGCUUCCAUCUCAGAUUGGUAUCGUCACGCCUUACGAAGGUCAACGUUCGUACAUUGUGCAAUACAUGCAAUUCAAUGGUUCACUUCGCAAAGAUCUCUACAAGGAAAUCGAAGUCGCUAGUGUGGAUGCUUUCCAGGGUCGUGAAAAGGAUUACAUCAUUCUCAGCUGCGUAAGAAGCAACGAACAUCAAGGUCUUGGUUUUUUGAGCGAUCCUCGUCGUCUCAAUGUCGCUUUGACUCGUGCCAAAUACGGUAUCGUCAUUCUCGGCAAUCCCAAAGUUCUCAGCAAGCAUCCUUUGUGGCAUCAUCUUUUGGUGCAUUACAAGGAAAUGCAAUGUCUUGUGGAUGGUGCUUUGAAUAAUCUGCGUGUGUCCAUGAUUCAGUUUAGUCGUCCACGCAAAUCGUAUCGCAAAGACGACAAAUUCCGUCAAGGACUGGCUCAUCAGAUUGAUGCUCGUGAAGCGUUCGCCCGUGCUCCUUUGGCGACUGAAAAUCGUCGUGGUAAUCGUAUGUAUGGUCAAGAAUACAUGCAAACCCAUGAUCCUGUUGGUUAUAUCCCGUCGGAAUUGGGAUCCCUUCCUACCUCGCAAUUCAGUAUUCCUUUCAUUCCUUCUGCCAGUGGUCCUUUCACUCAAGACAUGUCUCAAUCGAGUGUAUUUAACCGUAAAACGACGCGACAGAAUGCUUUAACCGACAACGCUUCACGCUACGUUCCUGGAUCGUCGACGUUCGCCAGUCAUGCAUUUGGAUGGCAAAUGGGAGCAGGAUCUCAGAACCUUUACAGCAGUCAGUCGUCGAUUGGAUUAGCGCUUUCACAAAGCGAUCGGUUAAGAAUGAUGGCUGAAAUGAGUAGUCAGGCCGGUGGUCAAGGGUCGAUGCUCAGUCAAGACAGCAUCAACUACGAUUACGACGAUUACAAGACAUCCUACCUGUCGGGCAUAAACUAUUAG